AGUAAUACUUUUUCAGAGAGAGAGAGAGGAAGGAAACCAAUUCCUUUACCAGCUGGAAAUGUGAAGAAACUUGACCACUUAUAUUCUCUGUCUUCUCCAUCUCCGCCGUUUCUGUUCGUCGGACCACGCCGAUUGAUUCUCCAUUUCUUACUCGCUCCUUCUAUUCGAACCUUCACCAACCACCCCUAGAUUUUCACCCUUCUCUUCUUGUUGUUUGUCAUGUCGAAUACAUCGGACGCCGGCGGAGGUGGGAGGCUGUCCGACCGACAGCAGCUGGCCAAGCGGCUGGAGAAAUCGAAUUUUGCUCAGACCUGUAACCUGUUGAGCCAGUUCCUGAAAGAGAAACGAACUCUCGUUGAUUUGAGCGCCGAUAUGGCUCCCAGGAAGAAGCCGAGAGAUGAACUCGAGAAGGCCAAGCCGCCGUUGCCUCUACCGCCUUCGACCGCGAAUACAGACAAUUCUUCCGACGCUUCACGGCAGCAGAAGGAUACUCUGCCGAAGUUCGUUGGAUUUCCUUCGUCGGGAUUCUUCAGUAACGCCAUCAAUAAGGGCGAGUUUAGGAAACCGGCCACGCCAGAGCCUACAACCGCUCAAAUGACCAUAUUCUACGCCGGAAAAGUUUUGGUGUAUGAUGAUUUUCCCAAUCAAAGGGCCAAGGAGAUUAUGGCCUUAGCCGAUAAAGGAAGCCGCGGCUCCACCACCACCGCCGCCGCUUCUCCAGCUGCCGUCACCCCCAACAGAUUCUUUUCUGCUUUGGAAAAGUCUAACAGCAAUUCUCCCACCUGCGAGCCAAAUGUGGUGUCCAAAACUCCAGCUCCGGUGAAGGCGGCACCGGAGCAGCAACUGAAACCACAAACGGAAGUAAAAAAGUCAUCUGAUUUGCCUAUUGCUAGGAGGGCUUCCCUUCACCGAUUUCUUGAGAAGAGAAAAGACAGGGCUGUAAUAAGAGCACCAUACCAAGUAAACCAACAGCCAGAGUCUGCUUCUAAAGCAAGUGGAAGUAACUCAGCCAGUGAGCCCGAGCCAGUAUCCAUGCCCGUGCCCGAGCUCGAGCCAGAAGCAGAAGCUGAAGAAGGCUUUCCAAGGCAUCUGGAUCUCAACUUAUGACAUGGUUUUGCUCUACCAUAGGUUAAUUAUUUCCCUCUCCAAAUUUGGCUGCUAUUUUGUGUCAUAUAUUACAACUUAGUCCAUUAAUCUCCGCUCUUUCCAACAUUUAUGCCUUCCUAACAAAUAUUAUCCCAAAUCAUAAUAUGUACUUUUUUCUUCUCUAUAGAAAUUUUCGAUGCAAUAUAUAAAAGAAUAGUUAACCUUGUGCUUAGGUUGUUAUGUUUACAACUUAUUUUUUCAAUAGUAACGAAUUAAUAUUUGAGAUA